GGCGGAGGGGAAGUGCAGGCCGAGGCGCCGUCGCGCUUGCCGCCGCCGCUCGGCUUCUCCGGAGGCGGGGGAGAGAGAGGGAGGCAGUGGCAGCCAUUGUUGUUGUCCUUCCUAUUGCCGCCGUCAAGAAUCAAAAGCGGUCCAGGUUGGAGGGGGCGGGGGCGCACUGCGGGACUCGCCUCAGCGAAGCGCCACCAGGCCUUCCUCGUGCAGAAUCAGCAGCAGCCAUGUCGGCCGGCGGCGAAGUGGAGAGGCUGGCGGCGGACCUGAGCGGGGCCGGCGCCGGGGAUGAGGAGGAGGAGUGGCUCUAUGGCGAUGAAAAUGAAGAUGAGAAACCCGAGGAAACACCUGGCAAUGCUCAACCUCCGACUGGAAAUGAAGAAGAAGCCGCUGCUGAAAAUGGUGUCGUGAAAACGAAAGCAACAGAGGCCGAGGAUGACAGUGAUAGUGAUAGUGAUGACGAUGAAGAUGAUGUUCAGGUCACAAUAGGAGAUAUUAAAACAGGAGCCCCGCAAUAUGGGUAUGGAGCAGCCCCAGUGAAUCUCAAUAUCAAGACAGGAGGACGAUCUUACGGAUCUUCUGGUGCAAAAGUGAAAGGAGUUGAUCUGGAUGCACCAGGAAGUAUUAAUGGUGUUCCACUAUUAGAAGUUGAUUUGGAUUCCUUUGAGGAUAAACCUUGGAGAAAGCCAGGUGCUGAUCUCUCAGAUUAUUUCAAUUAUGGGUUUAAUGAAGACACCUGGAAAGCAUACUGUGAAAAACAAAAGAGAAUACGAAUGGGACUUGAAAUUUUACCUGUUACCUCAACGACAAAUAAAAUUACGGCCGAAGACAUUGCUAUGGAAGUAACUCCAGGGGCAGAGAUUCCAGAUGGCACAUACAAUCUUUUUAAGGUGCAGCAGGGAAGAACUGGAAACAUGGAGAAAGAAAUGCCACUUCCACCAACCAAAACUGAGUUUACUUCUCCCCCUCCCUUAUUCAAGACAGGCAUCCCAUCAAACAGAAACAGCACCUCUUCUCAGUCACAGCCGAGCACAGCAGCCAGAAAAACAAGUUCAGGUGUUGGGAAGUGGCAGGACCGAUAUGGGAGGGCUGAAUCGCCGGAACUAAGUUCCUAA